UUUGCUUGAACUUCGCUUUAUAUCAGUCUCGCUCCUUUAAUCACGGACCCAUUAUUGGGGCAUAACGGUUUGACAUUUGUGGAGCUCUUUUCGUGUGCAAGGAGUUGUGCUCCGGGCUGGGGCUAGAGUGGUAAAUGGGGAGAGACACAGUUGUGUCCCCAUUAGUGUAUGAUCCAGCAGAGGUGACCUGCUCUAGACUACUUAAUUGCCAUUGCUGUCAGUGCUGGGAAGGAGAAAUACGUGUGUUGAGAUUGUGGGAUAAGGAGGUUCAGGUAAAGGGGCCCAGUGGAGGAGGGGUCCGUGAGGCUGAACCAAGAACAUUUUUCAGGUGAAACAAAUGCCCUAAGCAGAAAAAAUGGGAAACAAGGACCCACAUGGGUUCAAAGCUGGCCAAGCCUUCAGAGCCAGGAGAAACACACCUUUGGGGACUUGGGGAUUUGGAACUGCCAUAGCAAGUGUUGAGAGUGAGAGGGGAAAGAGCAUCAUUAUACUGGAAUGUCAGUGCCGGAUGAGGUCAGAGGAGGUCAGUUUCACUCCUGGUUCUGCUGAGGUUUUCCAAGGGAAUGGCUUACGGGAUCUGGAAAGCCCAGCAGCUGGGUCACUCUUCAGAGAGACACUGCAGGUAGCAUUCAGGGAAAAGGAAGCCACGCCUCGGAGAGGUUCCAGAUCCCCGAGGUCACACCGCUCUGCUGAACUUGGGAGGCCAGGCCCGGUCAUUCUCCAAAAAGCCGCCAAAAGCUUUGCUGCUCUAGCUACUGUGCGCCGAGCCUCGACGUUUCCACCGCGCUCGAAGAAUUUACUGGAAGGACACAUAAAGGAAGACUUGAGAAAACAGUGCAAAGGACAGGUGCUGAAGAAACUUGAUUACCAGCCCCCAGAGGCACGUGGGCAGCCUUUGAAGAUGCUGUCCUCGGCUGACUCACUUGCAGAUGCCUCCAGCCCCCAUGUGUUUCUGCUCUAAAUUCAAACUUCUGAGAGAGAGAAACUGAUUGGCCUGUCUUGGGUCACGGGUCUACCCCUGACUUGACUUAGGGGGUUGGAUCCGGUGAUUGGAAAGCCCGUCGGAAUCAGAUGAGUUAGGAUCAGUCCGGCAGAGUGCUGUUAGCAGGAGAAAGCAGAGAGCUUGCAAAACAGGGAGGAAAGAUUUUACAAAAAUUCUCCCCAUUUUAUUUUUUAAAAUAAUAUUUUAUUUAUUUAU